AUUAUUGUGACGUACCGGAAAAAGCCAGGGUGACAUUUAGCACAGGACGAAAGCGAAGGCAUGGUUGUGUGUAUGUUGUGAGAGGUCGUGCCGCUCUAGUUUUUGUGCAGUUUUUAUAUUGUGUACACGUCUAAGAGCGCAAUGGCGGCGUGGAGCUGUCGACUUCUUCUUCAGCGGGGAACUCGAGUGAUUUCUCUCCGGACGGCGGCUGAAAGUCCUCCCCAUUUGGUGGGUUGCAUUAGAUCAGUAAACACCACGACGUGGUUUGAUGAACACCUCACAGAGGACAACCAGGAGUACAUGAGGAAAAGCAUGGCGCAGGAAUACAGGAGACAAACCGCAGAUAGUCUCAACCCACUCAAAGAUGAGCCGUGGCAGCGCCAUGAGUGGACACCGGGUAGUCGAAGAGUUGGGCUAGUAGCCGUGAAGUUGGGUAUGGCUCCUAUCUGGACGAAAACAGGGGAAAGACAUGUCGCCACAAUGUUACAGGUGCAGGACUGCCAUGUAAUAAAGCACCUGUCCAAGGAAGAUUUCGAUGGACACACCGCCGCCCUCUUGGUUGGAGGAAAAAACGUAUCACCAUUCCAUAAGUCUGAAGAGCAAAUGGAGAAGUUCAGGAACGCCGGCGUGCCCCCGAAACAAAAACUCACCACCUUCAAAGUCUCAGACAACGCCCUCAUAAAGCCAGGCACUCCUCUUUUCGCGGCACAUUUCCGUCCAGGCCAAUAUGUGGAUGUCACUGCCAAAUCCAUCGGUAAGGGUUUUCAAGGUGUGAUGAAGAGAUACGGGUUCAAAGGUCAGCCGGCCACCCACGGCCAAACCAAAACUCAUCGCCGACCAGGAGCUUCUGGACCUGGAGGGGAUCCGGCCAAAGUCUUCAAAGGGAAAAAGAUGCCUGGCAGGAUGGGCAACGUCUUUGUCACAGCUUACGGACUGAAGAUAUGGAGGGUCAAUACCAAGUGCAACGUGCUGUAUGUCAACGGCUCGGUCCCUGGCCACAAGAACUGCGUGUUAAAGAUUAGAGAUACUCUCCUGCCAACAAGGAGCUCCACCCUGCUCAGCCUUCCUUUCCCUACUUACUUCACAGAAGAGGAAGGCGACCUGGACGAAGACCUGUACGACGACAACUUGUUCAUUCACACAGACCCAUCGCUAGCACUGACCUAAACCCCCCCCUUCCACACACACACACACCAC